AUGCUUUUGGCACUUAGGAUCAACGUUUUGGCAAAGGGUUAUAGUGGAAUUUCACUUGAAAACAUCAAGAAAAUGAUAGCCGCAUUUAAUGCUUUUUGUGUAUCGUAUGUGCCCCAGCAGGGAACAGUUGGAUGUAGUGGGGAUCUUGCACCGUUGGCUCAUCUUGCCCUAGGACUUAUGGGUGAAGGUAAAAUGUGGAGCCCAAGCACAGGAUGGGAUAAUGCUGACGUGGUAUUGAAGAAGAAUAAUCUGAAACCUUUGGAUCUUGGCCCAAAGGAGGGGCUAGCGCUAAUCAACGGUACACAAAUGGUUACUGCUCUAGGAGCUUUCGCGCUGGAAAGAGCUCAUAACAUAGCCAGACAAGCCGAUGUGAUAGCUGCUUUAUCCCUAGACGUUCUCAAAGGGACCACUAGGGCCUAUGACCCAGAUAUCCACAAAAUUCGCCCCCAUAAGGGUCAAAUCCAGUCUGCGCUUCGUCUGCGCUCUCUACUGCAUUCUGAUGCAAAUCCAUCGCAAAUAGCAGAGUCCCAUCGAAACUGUAACAAGGUUCAAGAUGCGUAUACGUUGCGUUGUGUGCCACAGGUAGGAUCGAUUUCAAAUUACAGUAAUGGUUACCUAUUGGCAGGUGCUAUACUUAACGUGUCAAGGUGUUCAGAACCACUGAGCAAAGGCGCGGCACUGAAUGACGGGCAUUUGACAUUUGGUGUCACGUAG